GAGGAGCAAGUUGCCAUUUUGUGGACCGGGCCGUCUGUUUGUCAAGAAGAAGGGGGCGCGGUGCACACUCUGAGCAACAAGCAAUCACCAUCUCUUCGGUACCUGCAACUCCCAGGCCGUGUGGAAGAUUAGGCAUGCUAUUUCCUCUUUCUUUAUGUGUGUAUGUAUAGUAGAGCCAAAUUGAGUAAAAAACUAGGGUUUUACCUUUUAAGUCUGUAAUCGCAGGGCGGAGUUCUCAUGGAGACAACACUGCUCUCCAGGCCUACGCUUUCCGCUUCGUUCAUUGGCCAGAAACUAUGUAAUAGAAGAAACUCGAAGAGUCCUUCCGCGCAUCGAUGGAAUCUCUCCAAGAGGCCUCUGCCGAGUGCAUUGAGCGUAAUAGCCCCGAGGUGUGCAAUGGAUACAGCGUUUGGAGGCAACACUUCGAAGUUUCCCCGGGUGAAUAUUUGGGAUCCAUACAAGCGCCUUGGUAUAAGUCGUGAUGCUUCUGAGGAAGAAGUAUGGAGUUCUCGCAAUUUUUUGCUGGAUCAGUAUGCCGGCCAUGAGAGAAGUAUGGAAGCCAUAGAAGCUGCUUUUGAGAAAAUACUGAUGACAAGCUUCCAGAGUAGAAAGAAGACAAAGAUUAACUUGAAGACGAGGCUGAAAAAGCAAGUUGAAGAUUCUCCACCAUGGGUCAAGAAUCUACUCACUUUUGUCGAAAUGCCGCCUGGUGAUAUUAUUUUAAGAAGAUUAUUCUUGUUUGGGUUUAUGGCGGUGUGGAGUGUAAUGAACUCAGCCGAGGCUGGACCUGCCUUCCAGGUAGCACUAUCAUUGGGAGCUUGCAUAUACUUCCUCAAUGACAAGACAAAGAGCAUUGCUAGAGCUUCCAUCAUUGGAUUUGGGGCCCUUGUUUUUGGAUGGGUUUUCGGUUCCGUAUUGGUUCCCGCAAUUCCGUCAUUUCUGCUAAAACCAACCUGGACACUUGAACUCCUAACAUCUCUGGUAGCUUUUGUUUUCCUGUUUAUUGCUUGUACUUUCCUCAAGUGACAUGUAAACUAUAAUUCCGGAAUUUGAUAGUUUGUCAUUAUAUUAGAAGUAGUUAUUGGUAAAAUUUUAUCGACCCCAAAUUUAGUAUCUCUGCCUUCCUGGAUAUUGAAGAGCUCUCAUAUUUGUCCUUUCUGAGUUUAUUAUAUGUGCUUCGUGUUAAAGUUUCCAUAAUGAAAACUUCUACAUUUGCACCCCUAUGGUAUUUUACAUAUUCUAUUUGAUAAAAGGCACCCGGUGCAAAUUGGCACCCUAU